UUACAUCUCUAAGCUGGAUUCGGCUUUUAAAAACAAUCUUUUAAAAAAGUCACGUAAAAGCAUGUGCAGAGUUUCCACUUAUUCAAGGCGGUUCAGCAAAUCCGUUUCCACAUUACAGAAGCGCGUUUAUUUGUUCCUCGCGCGGAGACAAGGGGCGCAGCGCGCGCGGCGAAGGCUGCGGCGCUGGAAUCAAUUUCAAGUGCGCAUUCUAGAUGUCGCUGUUGACCACGUCUGAGCUCGCGGGCGAGCGCGCGCGCGCUCUCUCACGUGACCCGACGAGAGGCUCGCAUCUCAAGGCCAUUUUCAAAUUUCAUUGGUGUGGUUGUCAUGUGGUGGCGGAGAGGCAUCCCGAGCUGCACGGAGGAUUGUUUUGCUGGACAUGUCAGCCUAGCGGAGGACAUCGCGCUCCUCUUCUUUAAAACCUCUCCAAAAUGUCCUUUCCCAACAGCUCUCCGGCUGCCAACACGUUUCUAGUAGAUUCUUUGAUCAGUGCGUGCCGGACUGACAGUUUCUACUCGAGCAGCAACAUGUACAUGCCACCCGGUGCUGACAUGGGAACUUAUGGAGUGCAGACCUGUGGACUUCUGCCGUCUCUCGGCAAACGGGGAGAAGUUGGCCACCAAAACAUGGGCAUGAACGCCCAUCCGUAUAUACCUCAGAUUGACAGCUGGGCAGAGCCGGAGAGACCGUGCAGAAUAGAGCACCCCUCCACACAGAUGCCCUCUUGCACUUUUUCCCAAAGCAUUAAGGAAGAGAGUAACUGCUGCAUGUACUCCGACAAAAGAGCGAAGGUGAACGCCUCCGAAAUCCCCGUGUAUUCCAGUUUCAUUCCCGAGCCUUGUUCUGUGGACGGCUCCGAAAUCCCGGUUCCGGGCUACUUCCGACUGAGCCAAACUUACGCGUCCGGGAAAAACCACGAGUACAAUCAGGAGUCGAGUCCGAACACCAUCCUGCAGCUCAGCAGGGCUCUUCCCAAACCGCCGCUCUCUUCCAUUGCUGAAGCGGACAAGAAAAUAACCCAGCUCCCGAGCGAUCGAGAGGAAAGCGGGACGCCCAAAGCUGCAGCGGAGAGCCCGGGUCCGAACAGCGGCGUGCACGAGGAGAAGAGCUGCUUGUCGGAGGAAGGGUCCGCCUCGAGCCCCGAAUUGCCCCAGACGGAAGCGAAAGAAUGUAAAAACGAUGCUCCGACAAGCAACUGGUUAACUGCAAAAAGUGGGAGGAAAAAGAGAUGCCCCUACACAAAGCACCAGACCCUGGAAUUGGAGAAGGAGUUUCUAUUCAAUAUGUACCUGACUCGAGAGCGCCGCCUGGAGAUCAGUAAAAGUGUCAACCUGACCGACAGACAGGUCAAGAUCUGGUUUCAGAACCGCAGAAUGAAGCUGAAGAAGAUGAGCCGCGAGAACCGAAUUCGGGAACUUACCUCAAAUCUCACAUUUUCGUGAGCGGCGAUUCGGCGCCUCUUCGCCUCUCUUCGCCUCUCUUCGCGUUUUGUGGGCAGGACGACGUCCUCUUCUUUUCGUUUUCGUUUUCCUUUUUCAACCUUCGGAUACUGUGACCCGUGUUCGCUGCUUCGUCUUUUCCAAAUCUUACUUCCUCGAUGGUGUACGACAGACAAGUUACGCAUUGUGUACUUUAAACAUGUUUCAUCACAGGGUACCUGUCUUACGUGUCUUAAAUUAUUAAAGUACUGCAGACACCCAUUGCGGGAGUGUUU